AUGUCUUUUUUACACACUCAUUCAUGCGAAUGUCUCAAAUCGGAAUUGGAAUUAUUCACUGUUCCACCAACGCAAGCCACAAUCGAAAGUUCACAAUGGAUACACUACAAGCCAAUAUCAUCGUUAACUGAUGAUUCACCUAUAGAAUUUGUAGUACCCGGACUAGGAGAGGAAUACAUCGAUCUACCGCAUACAAUGUUAAGCAUCAGUGUCCAAAUAAGGCCAACGAUUCAUAAAGAGCCUUCAAAAGAUGGAGAUACCACUGAUUAUGUCGGGCCUGUGAAUAAUUUUAUGCAUUCAUUAUUCAAUCAGGUAGAUGUAUUUUUCAAUCAAAAACUUAUAUCACCACCGAAUAAUGCUUACGCUUAUAGAGCUUACAUAGAGACAUUACUUAAUUAUGGUCCUGCUGCUAAAAACUCUCAUUUAACAAGCGUAUUGUGGUACGAAGAUAAAAGCGGAUCCAUGGAUGAUCUACUCAACGCAAACGAUGGCCUUGUAAAACGUCGCGUAUUGACAGCCGAUGGCAAGAAAAUUGAUCUUAUGGGGCAUUUACACUGUGAUGUUUUUAAUCAAGAAAGAUUUUUAAUAAAUGGUGUAGAAAUGCGUUUGCGAAUAGUGCGAUCGAGAGAUACAUUCUGCCUUAUGGAUCAAACCGAACGAAAUUUCGAAGUUCAUAUAAUUGAUGCUACACUUCUUGUUAGACGUUCAAAAAUUUCACCUGGUAUGUUGUUAGCACAUGCCAAAGCUCUUGCGAAAACCACAGCAAAAUACCCCCUCACACGUGUCGAAGUGAAAUCUAUAUCUAUACACAGUGGUAUAUACGGUGAAACGCUCGACAAUGUGAUAUUAGGUCAAAUACCGAAACGUUUAAUCAUCGGUUUUGUUGAUAAUAGAGCAUUUAACGGUAAUCGUAUGCUGAAUCCUUUUAAUUUUCAUCAUUACAAAAUUAAUUUUUUAUCUCUGUACGUGGAUGGUACACAAAUACCUAGCAAACCGUUACAACCCGAUUUUACAAAGGAGAAAUUAUAUAUGGAGGCCUAUCACACUCUUUUUUCUGGAACAGGAAUUCAUUUUUUAAACGAGGGCAAUGCUAUUUCUCGUAAGAAUUAUCCAAACGGUUAUUGUCUUUUUGCAUUUGAUCUUACACCGGACCUUUCAGCAAACGAUACUACGCAUUGGAAUUUAAUGAAGCAUGGUAAUGUUAGAAUCGAAGUUCGUUUCGAAGAAGCAUUAGAAAAUACGAUAAAUUGUAUUAUUUAUGCCGAAUAUGACAAUAUUAUGGAGAUUGAUGCAUCAAGACAGGUGAUUGUAGACUAUGGUGGUUAA